AAACACGUUCUCAAUUCUUCGAAUUCAUUUAUCAAAUUUCAAAUGAUAGGAUUUCUAAAAUGAAUUUGUGAUAAUUUUGUAUUUUUAUAAGUAAAUGCUCUAAUAGUUACUAUAGCUAAUUAUUAACGUUGUGUUAUUAUCUAAUUAAGAUGCCCAGAUCCAAGUUUACGAACCAUAAAGGACGGAAUCGUCGUUUCACCAACCCCGAAGAAUUAGAAAGAGAACGAAAGAAAGAAGAAAAGAAAUCUUGGCGGGCUCAAAAUCGUGAUCUACCUCCUAGUGAGAGCGAAGAAAGCGAAGAGGAAAACGAGGAAGGCUCCGGUGACGAGAGUGAUACCUCAGAAUCUGAGGAGGAGGGUGGCAAAGCUAAAGGUGUCGGAGGUUUGAUAAAUAUCGAGAACCCGAACCGUGUACAGAAAAAAGUCAAGAAAGUAACCGCUAUAACGGAAAACGAUAAUCCUCAGUUGUCUCGUCGCGAACGAGAAGAAUUAGAAAGACAACGAGCAGCUCAACAUUAUCAAAAGCUCCAUGCCGAAGGUAAAACCGAAGAAGCGCGUUCCGAUCUGGCUAGAUUAGCUAUUAUUAAACAGCAGAGAGAAGAAGCGGCUAAGAAACGAGAACAAGAGAAAAAAGAAAAAGAAAUGGCCAAACAAUCCAAAACUGCCCAAGUUCAUAAAGCCAUUGGAAAGCAAUAAACAAUUUUUUUGUACUUUCCAUUUUUACUAUCGGCUGAUUAAUUUACCAUUAAUUUAUAUAUUCUGAUAAUUUGUUAAAUUUCUUCAUGAAUUUUUUUAGAAAAAAUUAAGGCCUUACGAUGCAGUUUGAUUUACAGACGAAUUUUCCCUUCAUUCGAAUAUGAUUAUUUAUUUUCUCCCUCAUUGUAAGCAAUUCUAUUGUAGGCUAAAACAUGGUUAGAAAAAAAUUUCAGUUUCCAUUUUUCUAGGUUUUAUUUUUCAGCGCAGAUACCUUAAAAGUAGAUGAAGUUUUCACUUUAUUGCGUAUGAAGUAAUUAUUUACCUAUUUUAAGAUGUUCUGUUUCAUUUUGAAUUCGGUUUAAAUAUUUUUUUAUUCUUUUUGCAAUGUGAAAAUAAUUUCAAUUUUUUUCACCGUUAUCUUUACGGAUCAUUUUUACGCAUUAUAAUAAACCUCUGAAAACGAA